GCUGAAGCUGUCCUGAUCACAGACUCGCAGUCCUUUCCACCUGGACGGGCCGUUCUACUAAUAAAACCAUGGUUUCCAUCCUCUCCCUCAAUACUCAAGACACUUCCCUCCUGCGUUACCGACCAUCACUCCUCUAGCAUCUUCAACCGGCCGAGUUGAGCCGGCCCCCAACCCAAUCCCAUGGCGUCCAUCAUUCUGAAGCGAACAAGCUUUUCCUCCAUGAAGUCAAUGGCGGGAUGUAUCAGAACCGGGGCGAUGUCGUUUAGGGCCUUUGCGACGAAGGUGGAGGCGGGGACUGACAUUGUUGCUGCCGCACCGGAUGUUUUUCUGCAGAAGGCUCGUACCUGGGAUGAGGGUGUGUCCUCUAAGUUCGCCACCACUCCUCUCAAAGACAUUUUCAGGGGCAAAAGAGUGGUCAUCUUUGGGCUCCCUGUAAGUUACUCCGUAUCUGGUGCAUACACAGGAGUUUGUUCACAGCAGCAUGUACCUAGUUACAAGAACAACAUUGAUAAGUUCAGGGCUGAAAAGGUUGAUUCUGUAAUUUGUGUUGCCGUUAAUGAUCCAUAUGCCAUGAAUGCCUGGGCAGAGAAACUUGAAGCCAAAGAUUCUAUUGACUUUUAUGGGGACUUUGAUGGAAGCUUCCAUAAGAGCUUGGGAUUGGAGAAAGAUCUAUCUGCUGCUUUACUUGGACCUCGCUCUCAAAGAUGGUCUGCAUUGGUGGUCGAUGGGAAAGUUAAUGUUCUUAAUGUUGAGGAAAAUCCGUCCGACUUUAAAGUUUCUGGUGGGGGGCACAUCUUGAAGCAGAUAUGAAGCUGCUUCUUUUUUCUUUUGUAUGCAAUACAAGAUGUGCACUGAAUCUGUUGUGAAGUUGUAUAUCUGUUACCCCAAUGACACAUCAGGGAGGAUGGGGUACUAAAACUCAUAAAGUGGUCUCUGGCAUUUCAGAUGUUUUCCAAAGAUAUCUUGGAUGUAUUAUCUUCUCUCUUUUAUCCUUGUUUUUCUCUACAAAAUAAUAAUAAUAAUAAUAAAUAAAGUUUACCACUA